GCUCUACUUAAAUAUGUAAAGUAAAUAAUACCAACUGAAUAUGAAAAACUAUCAUUGGGAAAAGUAAAAGUAGCAUUUGCUCUCAAUAAACUUGAAAACAUAAAUUUUUACAAUUUUACGAAUAAAAUGAGUCGCAAAGUUUUAGCUCCUUCUACUCAGCGCAUGAGUAACAAUCGCAACUAUCGGGUAAACACGGUACACGAAGAUUUCGGCGGCAGCAAAUGGAACGCCGCCAAUGAGAAAAAUUCAAAGGGCUACCAAGAACCAGAUCUAUAUGCCGAUGAUGAUUUUGAGGACGAUAGUGCGGAAAGUGAUAUUGAACAGUUGUCCAAUGGCAACUACAAACUGGCCCUUCACGUGCCCAAAUCUUUCUAUGGCGGUCUGAUUGGUCUCAAAGGUUCCACCAAGCGUCGCAUUGAAACAGAAACUCAGACAGAAAUCUAUGUUCCACGUCAGAAUGAAGCGUCCAAUGACUUACUCAUUCAAUCCAAUGAUCGCAAAAAUGUUUGUGCUGCGCUUCGCAAAAUUCGACUGCUCGUUGACUCUUUACGCAAGCGAAUGAGGCCCACACAUUUUUUGGCCGUCCCAUUGAAUACGGGCGAAGUGCAGAAACGUUUCAUCGAACUAAAGCAAAGCAUUUUGGAUGCCCAACUGCCAGGCAUCGAUGAAGAGCUUUUCACAUCAGAGCGCUGCAUUCAUCUCACUUUGGGUAUCUAUGUGCUGCUUGAUGAUGCUGAACGCAAAAAAGCUACCAAAGAACUUGAAACGUGUCGUCAGUAUUUGGCCGAUCUAAAUACACCAUUUGUGCUGAACAUAAAAGGUCUUGAAAUAAUGAACGAUGAUCCCAGCGCUACCAGAGUGCUCUAUGCUCAUGUGGAAUCGCCAGAGGUACAAGAGUUUGCAGACAAGUGCCUAAAGCAUUUCCAAGGCACAGGUCUUUGUGCAGCUGACAACAUUGAAAGAGAUAGCAUCAAGCUACACGUGACGGUGCUUAAUGCUCGCCAUCGCAAGGAGAAACUGAACAAGAAUGACCUAAACUCUUUUGAUGCACGCGAGAUCCUUAAGCGCUUUGGUGAUUUUGAUUUCGGAACCGCUCUAUGUAACGAAGUGAAAAUGUGUGUGCUCAACUCGUCCAAGGAUGUGGAUGACUUCUAUAAAAUAACAAGUACAUUACAAUUUUAAACAUUUUUCCCCACAUUUCUUUGAUGGUAUACACACAAUGGAUCCUUAAUAAAAAAUAUU